AAUCACCUCAGAUUACGCUACAUGGUAAAUAAAUGUCAAACGGUUGAAUUGUCAAGGACGAGGAAAACAUAUCAGUGGAGACGUAUUUCGUUUGUAAAUCGCGACAACCCGUCAAUGCAGGACAUUAGACCGGUGCAAUGGAUAAAUUAACGACAAUAAGUGCUACGCUGUUCAUGGCGGCAGAUGUUUUCGCAGUGGUGAGCCUCGCCAUGCCGGACUGGAUUGUUACCGAUGAAGGAGGUGAAAUUCGUCUCGGGCUCAUGUGGACGUGCAUGACCCUUUACAAUCGUCCGCAGCACUGUUUCACACCCGAACUACAGCCUGAAUGGCUACUCGCGCUUAUAUGCAUUUUCGUUGGUUGCAUUUGCAUAACAACGACAAUUAUCCUGUUAGCUGCAAGCAACUGGGAUCGUAACGUCAUUCCAUAUGCCAGAUGGGUAGGAUUCACUGCGAUGGUAUUAUUUUGUCUAGCUGCUGUUAUCUUUCCACUUGGCUUCCAUAUCGACGAGAUUGGCGGACAGGCGUAUCAACUACCCAACACUUACAAGAUUGGAAUUUCGUAUAUAAUGUUCGUGCUGGCUCUGUGGAUAACUGUCGUAUCCGAACUAUUUGCGGGAAAAGUGUGCUUACCACAUUUUUAAAAAGAGUGAAUGCAUGUGAUGAUGGAAUGUAGUGCGCAUAUAAAAAGCAUAGAAUAGAAGAAUCUCUAUAAAAAUUUCUAUUGUAUCAUAAUUAGUUUGAUGUAUUAUGGUUUGAGGUGAUAUUGGAUUUAUUUUAUACUUUAAGAUAUUUUAAAUAUACGAUUUUGUAGUAUAUAUUUAAGGCGAAAUAAACUGUGUAUUUUAUUUCAA